CACAUAUUCAUAGACGUACUACCUAGCCACUCAUGCUGCUCGCAUCAUCCCACCAAAAAGAGCUCGAGGCUAUUGUCGGGCCCCGUCAGAAUGGCGUUAUCCAGUCCCAUUCCGGUCUUCCAUUGCGCUACUGCACUCCAAGACGGUCUGGUUGAUUGACUUUCCCCGAUCUGAUUCGACAUGACCUCGAGUGAUAUUAUCGUUACAUUGGACUCUGCACAAGAAGCUUCGUAGCUGCUCUGGCGAUCUGCAGGGUUUCCGACCGAGUCGUCCUCCUUCACUUAUCGACUACCGAAACUUCUCCACUUCUUCCGACUCUCUCGAAUCACCGCAACAAUCGUCAACCGCCCAACCCCCCUUCUCCCCCUCCUCCUCCGAAGCUAAACCCCGUCCGACACCGACUACUUGAUCUCUGACCAGCCACGUUUUCCACCCCCCCCCGUGGCUCGUUCGGUACCUCAUAUCCAGUGGCCGGCCUUCGUGUCCACCGGCUGGGAAAAGGGCUGGAGAUGGAUUGCGGCCCCAGCCGCCCUUUGCCUGCUCCCUCACGAUGACGAGCAGCUCGGGCAACAAGGACUUUCGCGACCAACUCGGCAAGUUUCGCCUCGAAUCCCCGAACGUCUCGUCUCCGGCCUGGUCGUCUCCGACCACGACACUUCCCAAACCAUCGCCGCGCUCGUACCAGCCCAGCUCGCCAUCCGCCUCCGCGUGGCCGCAACCCCCGCCAGCGCCCGACUCGGUGCCUACCCCGGACCCCACGUCCUCCACCCCGAGCGCACGCAGCAAACGAGUCUCGACGGCUUGCGACUUCUGUCGCAAGCGCAAGAAGAAAUGCGACUUUCGGUACCCGAAUUGUUCGGCCUGCACGCGCGCUGGGGUGCGCUGCACCAUCCCUCCCCCGGGCCCCCAGGUAGCCAGUGCCUCGGUGCCCCGAGAUCAGCUGGAAACGUUACAAAAACGAGUGCGAUGGUUGGAAGACGUCGUGCGGCGCAAAAUGGGCAUCUCCGUGGCUGAUCUGGCCACGGGUACUCCCGUGGACGGCGAGGGCGAUCCGGACUGGUGGUAUCAAGUGCCCGCGAUGAUUGCGACCGGCGGCAGUCACGCGUCCGUGGGCUCGAUGCUGAGUCCGGUGGGUAAUGGCAGCUCGGCGGCGACGCCGGGACUCGCUGCCAUCUCCGACUCGCCCACGGGGGUGGGUGUCGAGCUGCCCAAUGUGGGCGAGAUCCUUCGCGACCAGUUGGAGAAUCGCCGUCCGUCCGUUGCACGGCCGGCCGUCGCCCCACGAGUGCUGCGUCUCUCCUCGCUCGAAGAAGCGGAGCGCGUCGCGGGCCAGUACUUUGAUAGCAUAGGAUACCAGUAUCCAUUUCUUUCUCGGCCCGAGUUCUUCGGCCACCUGCGCCAUAUCUACACGGGCGGCGUGCCCACCCCGGAGGUCCACAAUACGUAUCAUAUCAUCAUCGCUAUUUCACUGCUGAUCGGGUCGGCCGAGCCUGCACAGGCUGCCGAGUUCUACCGUGCGAGCCAGGAGACUCUCUCCCUCGCGCUUCAGAAUGAGGAUCUCCCUUCCAUCCGGGCCUUGCUCGGGUUGGCCCUGUAUACCAUGUUUGCAACUGCCGGUCCCAGCAUCUGGCACGUCUUGGGGGCUACCUUACGCCUCGCGAUCAGCAUGGCUUUACACAAGGCCCGGUCAUAUCCAACCCUGAUGGAAGAAGAGAUGGCUAAGCGUGCCUUUUGGAGUCUCUACAACCUGGAUCGUCUCAUUGCCAGUACCCUUGGGCGGCCUCUGGGAAUUCCGGACGACGAUAUCAGCGUGGGCCUUCCACGGGAGCUGAACGACGAUGGGCUGGAAGCACCCGGUGCCAGCACCAUGACGAUUCCUUUACAGGUGAUUCGUUUACGACGGAUCUUUUCUCGUAUUUAUCAAUACCUGUACAGCAAUCUCCCCCAACCAUCCCCGCAAGAGGUUGCCGCCACGCUGGGUCAAUUCCGUCGCGAGGUGGAUGACUGGCGCAUGGCGGCUCCUGUUUAUCCAUCAGCGCUCCUCUACUCGACCUCCUAUUAUGAUUAUCUGUAUUAUACUACAUUACUGUUGAUGUAUCGCCCGAGCCCACGAAACCCGACUCCGGAUGCAACCAGCAUCGUCAGUUGUGGAGAUUCCAGCAUCCAAGUGAUUCGAUCCUACUGGGAUAGUUACUCUGUGGGCAAAUUGAAAUGGAUCUGGUUGACUCUGAGCCAGGUCUAUUUCGCAGGCAUCACGAUUCUGUGGUGUCUGGAACAGAAUGCCCGGUGCUUGCGCGACUCUCGCCCGGCUCCGUGGCAUCCUGACGAGCAGAUGAUGCGUCGGGGCAUUCAGGCCGUCGUGGUGCUGCUCGAGCAAUUUGGCAAGCGUCGUCCGGGAGUGGAUCGACUGGCAGAGACGUUCCGCCACCAGAGCACCACCAUAUUCAGUCAAAUGGCCUUUCGACAGCAACAACUGGAACACCAGCAGCAACAGCACCAACACCACAACCAACACCAACACCAUGUACAACCUCUGAUGCCACCUCAACCUUCCGUCACUCUGGCCCCUCCGCCUCCACCUCCAGUCCCACUGGCCCCCGUUUUGGAUGACGUUCUGCUGGUUGACGGUAGCGGAGUCAUACCGAUUAUCGACCCGCAAAUGGCAGAGCAACUUUACUAUUCAUAUAACUGGUUCCAGGAGGAGAUGGCCAGUUACUAUACCCUUUGAGCGCGUUUUUAAUUUCAUUAUCACAUAGACGGCUGAGAUAUGCGUGAUUUUGGCACUAGAUAUGGGGUGAUGGACGUGGAUGUAUCACCGUCCAGGGAACGCCUUUUGUUAUGAACAAUUUACACACCUUUUUCUCUGUCUUGACUAGUUAUCUCAGUCAUAUACCCCUUCAAUUGAAUGAAGUAUUGAUGAAAUGAA